CUGUCAGGAAAAUACAAAGUAAACAUUCUGAAUAGGAAUGUUAAAUAAAUUCAAGUUCGUUUAGAUAUUUGCAUCAACUCAAUGUACUCGAAAUCUAUGUCAGAGGCUUAGGUCGUCUGGGCAAAGAAGCCCGUUAAGCAAUUCGCUACACUUUAUCGUCGGCACGUCUAGGAGGCAGAUGCUGUUGUAUCAUUGGCCGCCGCUUUUCAGAAGUGAAAGUUUGCAAACAGAAAAAUGCUAAAAAUUGUGCUAAUCAGUGGCAAGCGAAAAUGUGGAAAGGAUUACUUAUCCGAGAGAUUACAAAAGCGAUUAGCGGGCCGAUCGCAAAUCGUUCGAAUCUCAGAACCCAUUAAGUCAGAGUGGGCCCGAAAGCUUAAUCUAAACCUUGGUGAGUUACUGAGCGAUGGACCUUAUAAAGAAAAGUACCGUCGUGACAUGAUAGAAUGGAGUGAUGAGGUCCGCGCCAAGGAUUACGGCUAUUUCUGUAGACUAGCCAUGGAAGAUGCCCUCGCCCACCAGGACACUCCCUAUGUGUUGGUCAGCGAUGUCAGACGUAAGAACGAUAUCAAGUGGUUCCGCGAAACUUUCAGCCAGGACAAUGUUCUGACUAUUCGCCUCACUUCCCGCCCAGAAACACGAUGUGCCCGGGGUUGGAUAUUUACUACAGGCAUUGACGAUGUGUCAUCAGAGUGUGAUCUAGAUGAUUUUGAUGGGUUUGACUUUAUAAUUCCCAACGACGAUAAUCUUGAUGCGGAGGCAAUUGAUCACUUGCUAGACAAACUGGAACUGAAGUAUAAAUAGUAUAUAUGUAUUCUCGUUAAAUAGUUAGUUUCUUUUUACAGAGAAUAAAGUAAACCUACAAUGUGCUCCAAUAA